AUGUCUACUGAUUUAGUUGAAGGGAAUGUAUUUAGUUAUGAAAACUGUGUUGUUCUAUCUCAGUUAGACAGUUUGGAAUUUGGUGUUUUCAAACUAGACGCUUCUGAAUCACAUGAACGUCGCGAAUUACUUGAAAAGGCAGUGGACUACUUUGAUAGUAUAAUCUCUCAGACUGUCUUAGAAGUUGAGGAAGAACGUGCUAUAGAAGAAAGUGAAGCUCUUACUAAAGUCGAGACAGGUAUCUUAGAGGAGAAUUCAAACACAGUACGAUACAGGAUAUACGAGAAAUACGCAGCGCGCCUUGAGAAACUUAUUGAACCACAAAUUUACCUAUAUCUUGGACAUUUCCAGCUGUUGCUUAAUCGCUUUGACGACGCACUAUCUGCUUAUCUCAAGUUUGAAUCUCUUUGUCCGAAACAAUCUUCAGUCAAUUGUGCUUUCCUCUACGGACUAGGUCUGUGUUGUUUUCGCUUCAAUGCUUUCAACAGGACAAUAAAGCUAUUCCAACAAAUUUUAUAUCUUCAACCUUGGUUCCCAAAGUGCAAAGAAAUACAUAUUCGUCUUGGUUACAUUUACAAAGUACAAAAUAAUUUUGAACGAAGUUUACGACAUUUUCGACAAGCUCUCAACGACUCUACACCCGGUACAUUUAAUCGAGUUGAAUUACGUUUUCACAUUGCACAUUUGUUCGAAGUGUGUGGUAAACCCAAACAAGCGAAAACUGAAUACUUCCAAUUGUUAGAUACUGAGAAAAGUGACGCUCCGCCGCAUAUCCGACAUCUUUGUCUACGACAGUUAGCUUGGCUUCAUCAUACAGGUGCUCUUGGACCAAAACCUGAAUCGCCUAAUGAAAAAGGCCUGGAUGUACAGUGGUUACAAAGUGCUCUGGAAUUAGACAAUACAAAUGGUAAGACCUGGUAUCUACUAGGUCGUUGCCAGGCUGCUUUAAAUCAUGUUCAAGAAGCUUUUGCCGCGUAUAGAAGUUCUAUAGACAAAACGGAGGCUAGUGCAGAUACCUGGUGUUCCAUUGGUGUGCUCUAUCAAGAGCAGAACCAACCAAUGGAUGCUCUUCAAGCUUAUUUUUGUGCUGUACAAUUGGAUAAAUGUCAUGUUGCAGCAUGGGCUAAUCUUGGUACAUUAUACGAAAGUAUGCAACAAUAUAAAGAAGCCUUAAAAUGUUAUAAAAAUGCAGUAAAUGCUGAUAAGAAUAAUGAGGUUCGUCCUGAGAUUCGUUCUCGUUUAUCUGUAUUACAACAAUUGGUGCCAAAACUAUCGGAGAAAACCACUGGUAACCUAUUGAAUGGUACUAACAACAAUGGAGCUACAUCUAAUCAAGGUGGUAAUGGUUCCGGUCAAGCACCUGGUGGUGGUGUUGGUGUUGGUGGGAUAACCAAAUUACCAACAGUUGAUGAAGCCUGGAGUUUACCGAUACCAGCUGAAUUGACUCAACGUCAACUUCAAUUAAUGUUACAAGAAGCAGCAGCUUCCAAUGAUACUGGAGGUGGUGUUGUUGGUUCUUCUAAACGUUCUGAAAAACACUUAGCAGGUCUUCUAUUAACGCCUUCUUCUCCUUCACAAUCACUAAUUAGGAAACGCAAUAGUUGGCGACAAUCUGAAUGCAACAGCUCUUCUUCUAAGACUGAAGAAACUGAUGAUUGUGGUACAUCUAUGUCUAAAAAGUCUCGUCAAAGUGAUCCACCGUCUACAAUACCUGUCCAACCGUUAACUAGUCAACAAAUACAAUUAUUGAAUACCUUACAGUCACAAGGCAGUUGUUUAACAGCUUCACAACGUCAAACACUUAACAAUUUACAAUGUCAAGCAUUAAGAUAUCAUCAAUACAAAUUGACACAAAACCAGAACACAUCGAAAACAUGCAAAUCAGGCAGUGAUUUUACCGAUGAAGCUGCUUCAACCUCUGGUGGUGGUGGUGGGUCAGCUGGAGCUUUUCAUGGUGGUGAGACUACUGCAACAACAGGUAGUUCUAGUGCUGAUCGUAAUCCAUCCAGUGUAACUGGUGCAGAUACAGUUGAUUUAUUUCCCACGGAAGAUGACGACUUGACUGCAGUUGUUAACACUCCAGGAUCUUCUGGUCAUUUACCAGAAGAAGACUUGGGCUUUUUAACAGAUGAUUUACUUGCACAAUUGAAUGGAUCAGAAGCCGCAGCUGGAUUAGAUCUUGUAGAAUUAGCUUUAUUCACAACUGGUUCAGGCGCUGGUGAUCAACGACCUGCAAGUAAUAAUAAUAAUAGUAGUAGUAAUACCAAUCAAAAUUUAGCGGAUGAGAAAUCCAGUCAAUCGAAAUGUGGUGAUUCGUCAACAGUCAGUCCAGCCCCUUCAAUAGCUAACAAUAAUAAUAAUAACAACAAUAAUCCGACACAGUCUAUUGAUUUAGAUACAUAUAAGAAGGAUCAAAUAGAUAUAAAGGAUUGUUUAACACAAGAACUCGGUGUUGAUCCCCUCAUUAAUCCCUCAGGUGAUUCAUCAUCUUCGGAACCUGCUGAUUUGCAUGCUUAUUUAACUAAACCGCUGAACCCUCCAACCAGUGUAACUGCGGCUUUACAUGUCAAUAUGUCCUCUUCACAAAUUCUAUCAUCAAUUCGUGGUCUUGGACGUUCUGGUGGACCAUGGUGGCCUGGUUUACUACCUGAAGGCAGUCCUAUACCAAAACCUCCAGCAAAACCUUAUCCACCUCCACCAAAAGAUAAACUUCUACCGCCAACACCAAGUGUUUAUUUAGAAAAUCGUAAUGAUGCGCAUUCACUUGAAUUAAUGCGUUAUUGUUUUACACAACCAGUUGUUGUAAUCCGUGGAUUGGCUGGUGCACUUCGACUAGAUUUAGGCUUAUUCUCUACUAAAUCAUUAGUAGAAUCUAAUCCAGAACAUCGAGUUGAGGUUCGAACUCAACGUCUUCAACCACCUGAUCAAAAUCUUGACUCUCAAGGACGUACUGUAUGGUUUUGUGAAUCGCCUAAAACUACAACAACUAUUGCUAAAUAUGGUGCUUAUCAAGCUGCUUCAUUUAUUGAAGCGAUAAAAGAAGAAAAAAUUGUAAAUUUCUCCACUAGUACACCAGCUACAUCAACUCCAACUUCACAUGCAGCUUCUAAUUUAUCGACAGAUCCCAAGUCUUCUACUGGCGGCGGUGGUGGUAACUUAAUAAAUGCCACACCAGGAAGUGGACGAAAAAAUUCAUCUCACUGGCCAGGUGAAUCAACAAAUACCGAAUCUAAUACACCUGGAGUAAAUCAUCCUCAUCAAACUGGCACAAAAUUACCAAAUGAUGAAAAUCAACCGGUUACACAUUCACAAAAUACAGGCAAAUCGAAAUUAAUACGAUUUGGAACAAAUUGUGAUCUUUCAGACCAGAAGAAAUGGUUACCUCAAUUACAUGAAUUAACUAAACUGCCAAUAUUUGUACGUGUUGUCAGUGCUUUCAGUAUGCUUAGUCAUGUGGGUUAUCCUCUCUUAGGAUUGAAUACGGUUCAACUUUAUUUAAAAGUUCCUGGAUCUCGAACACCAGGUCAUCAAGAGAAUAAUAAUUUUUGUGCUGUUAACAUGAAUAUUGGUCCAGGUGAUUGUGAAUGGUUUGCUGUCCCAGAACAGUAUUGGGGUGCAAUACAUGAUUUAUGUGAAAAGAAUAAUGUUGAUUACUUAACUGGUUCUUGGUGGCCAGAUUUAGAAACUUUGUAUAAAGAAGAGAUUCCAGUGUAUCGAUUUAUUCAACGUCCUGGUGAUUUAGUUUGGAUUAAUGCUGGUACAGUACAUUGGGUACAAGCAGUUGGUUGGUGCAAUAAUAUUGCAUGGAAUGUUGGCAGUAUGACAGCAAGACAAUAUCAACUAGCUAUUGAACGUUAUGAAUUUAAUCGUCUACGUGGAGUAAAAUCUGUUGUCCCAAUGACACAUCUUAGUUGGCAAUUAGCUAAAAAUAUUAAAAUAUCAGAUCCUGGAUUAUUUGAACUUAUCAAGCAUACAUUGCUUCGUAGUCUUGCUCAAUCUCAGUUGAUGACAGACUUUUUAGAGAAUAUGGGUUUAAGUAUUAAACAUCAUGGGAAAAGACCGGAUGACAUUGCUCACUCCUGUCAUGAUUGUGAGAUUGAAGUUUUCAAUCUACUAUUUGUUUUAUCACAAGAUAAAAAAUUAGUGGUUAGAUGCUUAGAUUGUGCACGUCGUAUGGAUCCUAGUUUAAAAACAUUCAUUAUCCUAUCAGAGUAUUAUAUACAUGAACUUGCUGAAAUCUAUGAUAAAUUCCAGUUGCAAACUCAACCAAUUACUGCCUAUCCCGUUGGUAAGACUUAA